AUGGCUUUCGGUCCAGGGCUCCCGGGCGCAGGCGCACGUCCGCCCCGCCUCGCCCCGCCCCGCCCCCGGCGCCCGCCACGCGAGUCGGCCCUGGGAGACUCGGGCGCCGCGCGCGCCGCUGCGGACACGUCACGUGAGCACUCCCGGAGGCCCCGCCCGCGCCCCGCCCGCGCCCCGCCCCUCCCGUCCUCGCCCCGCCCCCACCCCGGCGGGACGCUAGGAGGCGGCCCCAGGACGGUCAGCCUGGCUGGAAGUCAGGCGGGCGGCCGGGCGGUCGGCGGGUCGGGGAGGUCAAAAUCCAUGGGUUCAGCCAAAAAUGUAAUAAGUGAGCCUGUUGAAGUAGAAGAAGAUUAUCUAAUGAUGGCCUCCUUCCAGCGUUCCAAUAGCCAUGACAAAGUGAGGAGAAUUGUUGCAGAAGAGGGUCGCACUGCGAGAAAUCUGAUCGCUUGGAGUGUUCCCCUGGAAAACAAAGAUGAUGACGGGAAGUCUAAGUGGCAGACUGGUGGAAAAUCUAAGAGAACUAUUCCGGGCACCCAGAAGACUGCUAAACAGAAUGCUACAGUAGACUGUAAAAUAACAUCAUCCUCAGCUGGAGAUAAACAUUUUGAGAAAAGUCCCACUAAAACAAGGCACCCUCGGAAAAUUGACCUAAGAGCACGCUACUGGGCAUUCCUGUUUGACAAUCUUCGACGAGCAGUAGACGAAAUCUAUGUUACUUGUGAAUCAGAUCAGAGUGUGGUGGAGUGUAAGGAGGUGCUGAUGAUGCUGGAUAACUAUGUAAGAGAUUUUAAAGCACUAAUUGACUGGAUACAGCUUCAAGAAAAACUGGAGAAGGCAGAUGCUCAAAGCAGACCUACUUCAUUGGCAUGGGAAGUAAAGAAAAUGUCUCCAGGACGUCAUGUAAUUCCCAGCCCAUCAACGGAUAGAAUCAGUGUGACAUCAAAUGCUCGAAGAAGUUUAAAUUUUGGGGGUCCAUCUGGGGCAAUGGCUGCCACUCGGCUUGCUCCGGCAGGCGUAAGUUGGGCUGACAAAGUGAAAGCUAACCAUUCAGUGACUGCUGCACCUCCCAAUACAGCACCUGUGCAGAGCUGCCCACCUGUCUCAGUGCAGAAGGCCUCUCGGAGAAAUGAACGGAAAGAUGCAGAAGGAUGGGAGACUGUGCAGAGGGGGAGGCCGCUCCGUUCACGAUCUACAGCAGUAGCCCCCAAAGUUCCAGUCAUUACAGAACCUCUGAGGUCAAAAGAUGACAGUGAUAAAGAAAAUGUCCUUCUCUUUCCCGUGGAAAGCCAGCAGAAAGGUGGAUUUACUGGGGAUGGUCCAGCCAAUGUUGUAGAGCCUCUGCCCAAGGAGCCAUUACCUCCUUGUGAAUGUCCUCUGGCUGAAAGAACCCAGUUCACAGUGCAUCCGUUAGAUGACAUCAGGAACUCUGGCAGUGGUUUAGUUCAAGAAAAUUCUUUGCAGAAUUCUUGUGAAGUCCCUGUCCCUCAUGUUGGUGCUGAUUGCAUUUUGGAUACGCCGCAGACUGACCCUCCUGCUCUGCAGUCACCUACAGACCAAUUUCCAGCAGAGAAAGCCCAAAUAGAAAGUGAAAUGGACCCUUCAGAUAUUUCAAAUUCGAUGGCAGAAGUUCUUGCUAAAAAGGAGGAAUUAGCAGAUCGCUUAGAAAAAGCCAAUGAAGAGGCCAUUGCUAGUGCAAUUGCAGAGGAGGAGCAGCUAACCCGAGAAAUUGAGGCAGAAGAAAACAAUGACAUUAACCUGGAAGCGGACAAUGACAGUGAUUUUUCUGCUAGUGUAAGCAGUGGAAGUAUAUCUUUCUGUGGCAUGUCUAUGGACUGGAAUGAUGUCCUUGCUGAUUAUGAAGCUCGCGAGUCGUGGCGUCAGAAUACAUCCUGGGGUGAUAUAGUUGAGGAGGAACCUGCCAGACCGCCAGGACAUGGGAUUCACAUGCAUGAAAAGCUUUCCUCGCCCUCACGCAAAAGGACAAUUGCAGAAUCUAAGAAGAAACACGAAGAAAAGCAAAUGAAAGCCCAGCAGCUAAGAGAGAAACUGCGUGAAGAGAAAACAUUGAAGCUUCAGAAACUGUUAGAACGGGAGAAAGAUGUCCGAAAGUGGAAGGAAGAGUUACUAGAUCAGCGACGGAGAAUGAUGGAGGAGAAAUUACUCCAUGCUGAAUUUAAGCGGGAAGUGCAGUUACAAGCCAUCGUGAAAAAGGCCCAAGAAGAAGAAGCCAAGGUGAAUGAAAUCGCGUUUAUAAAUACCCUGGAAGCCCAGAAUAAACGUCACGAUGUGCUUUCUAAGCUGAAAGAGUAUGAACAGCGGCUGAAUGAACUACAGGAAGAACGUCAGCGAAGACAGGAGGAAAAGCAAGCCCGGGAUGAGGCAGUACAGGAACGCAAACGAGCUCUGGAAGCUGAGCGGCAGGCUCGUGUGGAAGAGCUGCUGAUGAAGAGGAGGGAGCAGGAGGCACGCAUCGAGCAGCAGAGACAAGAGAAAGAGAAAGCCCGGGAAGAUGCAGCCCGGGAACGAGCCAGAGAUCGAGAAGAGAGGCUAGCAGCACUCACCGCUGCUCAGCAGGAAGCGAUGGAAGAGCUGCAGAAAAAAAUUCAACUCAAGCAUGAUGAAAGCAUCCGAAGGCACAUGGCGAUUGAACAAAGAAAGGAGAAGGCGGCCGAGUUAAGCAGCGGGAGACACGCUAAUACUGAUUACGCCCCGAAACUUACACCGUACGAACGGAAGAAGCAGUGCUCACUCUGCACUAUCCUGAUUUCUUCAGAAGUACAUCUUUUUAGUCACAUCAAAGGGAAAAAACACCAACAAGCCGUUAGAGAAAACAGUAGCAUCCAAGGACGAGAACUCUCCGAUGAAGAAGUGGAACAUCUGUCACUGAAGAAGUAUAUCGUUGACAUUAUGGUUGAAAGCUCAACACCAACGGAGCCUGUGAAAGAUGGAGAUGACAGGCAGAAAAACAAGAAGAAAGCCAAAAAGCUGAAAGCCCGGAUGAACUCCAGGGCAAAGGAGUAUGAGAGCUUAAUGGAAGCAAAAGGCCCUGGCUCUGACUCACCUUAUAAAGCAAAGCUGCAACGACUGGCAAAAGAUAUUAUAAAGCAACUUCAUAUACAGGACAGUGGUUCUUGGGCAGUUAAUAAGGUUUCUGCUUUGGAUCGAACUCUAGGUGAAAUCUCUCGUAUUUUGGAAAAAGAGAAUGUGGCAGAUCAGAUUGCAUUUCAAGUUGCUGGAGGACUGACAGCCCUUGAACAUAUCCUUCAGGUAGUAAACUCGACCAGCAGCGUGAAUGCAGUUUCAAGAAUUCCUCCGAAGUCUCUCAGCAAUGCCAUCAAUGUGUACAAUCUCACCUGCAGCAACUGUUCAGAAAACUGUGCUUAUGUUCUGUUUAGCAACAAGAUCACCUUAAUGGACCUUCUAAUACACCAGCUGACGGUUUAUGUUCCAGAUGAGAAUAAUGCUGUUUUGGGGAGAAAUGCCAAUAAACACGUGUUUGAAGGUUUGACAACUGGACUUCUCAGAGUUAGUGCUGUGGUUUUUGGCUGCUUGAUCUCCAGUAUGCCAGAUGGAAACAGCCGCCUUACUGCAACCAAAAUGUCAGCUCAGGAAAUGAAAAACAAGCCCUCCCCAGUUGAUGCUUUUAACAGCCGGGUUCAGGAUCUCAUCAGCUACGUAGUCAACAUAGGGCUGAUCGACAAGCUUUGUGGCUGCUUCCUGUCCAUACAAGGCCCGGUCGAUGAGAAUCCAAAAGUCGCCUCGUUUCUGCAGAAUGCCACGGCUGUCUUACAUGGGAUGUGCAAGCUGUGUUUCGCUGUCAACAGCAGGUCGUGGGACAUAUUUGAUAAAAUACGUCAGGACCCCACAGGAUUAGCAGCAGCUCUUCAGGCCACAGAUCUAGUUGGAGUCUUACACAUGCUCUACUGUAUUCUCUUCCAUGGCACCAUCUCAGACCCCCCCACUGCCAGCCCCAAAGACAGCUACGCCCAGAGUACUAUCCAAGUUGCCCUUCAGAGUCUACGUUUCUUCAACAGCUUCGCGGUCCUUGAUCUGCCAGCUUUUCAGUCUAUUGUAGGAGCAGAAGGGCUGUCCCUGGCAUUCCGGCACAUUCUCAGCUCUCUGCUGUGGCACUGUGCCCACCACUCCUGCGAGGUCCUGCUCCACGAAGUCAUCAUCUGUGUGGGCUACUUUACCGUAAACCAUCCGGACAACCAGGUCAUCGUGCAGUCGGGCCGUCACCCCACGGUGCUGCAGAAGCUUUGCCAGUUGCCUUUCCAGUAUUUUAGUGAUCCUCGUCUCAUCAAGGUGCUCUUCCCUUCACUAAUCGCUGCUUGUUACAAUAACCCUCAGAACAAGAUCAUUCUGGAGCAGGAGAUGAGUUGUGUCUUGCUUGCCACGUUCAUUCAGGACUUUGAACCAAUUCCAGGUCAAACUGAAGACUUGUAUCCUCAAACAAGGGAAAAAUUUUUCACUUCCCAAGACUACCUUGAGCUAUGUAACAGAUUUCCAGAGCAGGCCUGGGAAGAAGCCCGACAAUUUUUCUUGAAAAAAGAGAAAAAAUAAGUUUGCUUUGGUUGGUUCUGAUUGGAUGCAUUCUGAUACAUUCAUUGUUAAAAACAAACAUUCUAACUGUUCACAAAAAUUUUUUUGAUACUCAGUACCUGCACUGUAGAUAUGACAUAUACUUUGCACUAUUUAUAAUUAUUGUAGAUACUUUAAUGUUCUGGUUUCUAGUUUUGCAAGUUGAGUUUGUUUCAUUUAUGUAUAACAUGAUAGGGUUUGGGAGCCCUGUGAUGGUAAACUUCUUGCAUUGCAAUAUUGGUGAAAUUAGGCUUAAAAAUGAGAAGAUCAGUUCUGUUCUAUAUAUCUUGUAAUAAAAUAACUUAUUCUGUUU